AUGAGUCCAAGCAUAUAUGAUUCUCAUUUUGAGAUACCUACACACUGCAAAGCUGGGGUAGUGGUUAAUGAAGGCCCUAAUUUCCAUCUCGAGGUACAGAUGGUUCCUGUGCCUCAACCCGGUCCUGAUGAUAUCUUGAUCAGGUUGAACUACACUGGGCUAUGCUCGUCUGAUAUCCAUAUGAUGCAAGGGGAUUUGGGACUUCCGCCCAUGUCUUCAUUUGGCGUACGAUCUCCCGGGCACGAGGGCGCGGGUGUAGUGGUGAAAGUGGGUGCCAACGUGACGAAUUUCAAACUCGGUGAUAGAGCUGGGAUCAAACCCAUCAUAGACACAUGUGGGUCUUGUACACUUUGCUGGGAUGACAAGGAGACAUAUUGCAAGCGCGCGAUACAUGCUGGGCUAAUGACAGCUGGCACUUAUCAGCAAUACUUGAUCUCACCGGCACGAUAUGCAUCACCAAUUCCAGAUGGGGUGUCCGAUGAAGUCGCUGCUCCAAUCAUGUGCAGUGCCAGCACUAUCUAUCGAUCUUUAGUAGAGUCUAACCUUCGAUCGGGGGCUUGGGUUGUGUUCCCCGGGGGAGGUGGUGGCGUUGGUAUUCAAGGCGUACAGCUUGCCAAAGCUAUGGGAAUGCGUCCAAUUGUGGUGGACACAGGAGAGGCUAAGCAAAAGCUGUCAAUGGAGAUGGGAGCAGAGGCAUUUGUGGACUUCAAAGAAGUCGCCGAUCCCACCAAGGCUGUGAUCGAAAUUGCUGAUGGGAUUGGUGUCCAUGGAGUGUUCGUGACAGCCCCUGCUGCUUAUAAAACCGCAAUCUCGUUUGUCGGUGACCGUAUUGGAAGUAUUGUGAUGUGCAUCGGUCUCCCUGAGGCCGGAUCUAUGACCUUGGGUACUGACCCCUGCGAGUAUAUCUUUAAAAAUCUUGUCAUCAAAGGCACCCUUGUUGGUAGCCGAAGGGACACUGCAAUGGCAUUGGAUUAUGCCCGACGAGGAAUGCUCCGACAGAUAUGCGAGAUUUACCCAGUGAAUCGCAUGCCCGAGGCUGUGGAGAAAUUACGAAGGGGAGAAGUGGCCGGACGGAUUGUGAUCGAUUUCAAUUCAGAGUAA